ACACCAACCUUGGAAUUUCAUGAGCUUUCUCCAAAGCCUCUUGAAUAUAACAAAAUAAGGACAAGCUCUCUCCCCACUCUUCCUCGUGACACGGAGGAAUUAUGAAGUCUUCACCAUUGAGAAUUGGAGAGCGAGAGAAGGGAGGCAGUCAUGGCUGCAGAUGGGAAGCAGCAUGGUCCUGAGUUCGCCCCAAGGCUUCCAAUCUAUAGUCUCCCUACCCAAAAGCUAAUGGAAAUAAGCAGCAUUCCUGCGGGCAUGGUGACGCCCCCACUGCACCCACCAGUCUCGGUGCCGUUCCAGUGGGAGGAGGAGCCCGGCCGGCCCAGGCCGUGGGUCGCCAGGGCCAGCAGCGUCGCCAGGCGCUGCCUGGUCCUCGAUCUGCCGCCAAGACUCAUGAACAACAGCAGCAGCGGCGGCGGCAGCAACAGCCAGAGGAAGAACCUCCGUGCUCCAUCUUUCAGCCAAGGGGACGUCGUCCUCGACGAUGACAACUCCCCAACCAGCGUCCUCCUUGAUCCUUACGAGGGAGGGCCCUCUGCCGAGUCCCCCACGGCGUUUGCCGCCGUGGACGGAGACCCAUAUGGCGCAUCGAGAGCCAAGGCGCUCGAUUGUGGCAGUGGCCGUGGGGGCGGCGGUAAGGGCGGCGGGAGGAUCGAUCAGUGGUUGAUGGGUCUGUGGCUGAGACGGAAUUGGGCCGGCAAGGGGGAGAAGGCGGCGGCGGUAGCGGCAGGAGGCGAGGAUGCAAGGUUUCGGUUGGUGGGUGGUGGUGGAGAUGCUGCUGCUUCUGCUGCUGGUGAAAAUGAUGGUGGUAACAAGGCUAAGAUCACAAGGUUCUCGAGAAAACGCAGCUUCACCGCUUCUCAGUUUGUGGCAAGCAUAUACGGGAGCUUCAAGCAUAUGGUUAGCCCGAGGAGAAGGAAGGCGACGACCAAUUCCAAAGUGCCACACGCACCUCUUCUCUUGCCAUCUAUUGAAGCCAAUGAGCAGGAAAAAUCAUACAACAAAUUGUAACGGGUUAUGUUUAUAUUGUUAGCGUUUUCACUUUUUCUCUUUGGCCGUGAUGCCGUAUGGUUUAUCACCUUUCUGUACCUAAUGGUUAUAAGUAUCAUGCUGUUUUGGUUGGUA